AUGAAGUUCGGAAAACAAAUCCAAUCUCAACAAAUUCCGACUUGGUCGGUAGCUUACCUAGAUUAUAAAGGACUUAAAAAAAUUAUUAAUUCUCUUGCCAAAGGACGCCCAGCAGAUGCUGCUCUCCUUGCAGCCGGCGUCAGUCCCGAUUUGAAUAAGAAUCAUCUCAUCUCACGUCAAGAUCAUCAACCUCAACCUUUGGUGAUCAAUGGAGAGUUUAGUGAACCGGAUGCGGAAAGUAAUCUGAAGGCUCAUAAGGCUGCUUUCUUCUUCAAAUUGGAGAGAGAGCUCGAAAAGAUUAACGCAUUUUAUUUGCAAAAAGAAGCAGAUCUCAAAGUAAGACUUCGAACAUUAAUCGAUAAACGAAAGAUUGUACAACUUUCUAGAACACGAAAGAUGACAAAAACCAAUUCAAGUUUUACAACACUUUAUGAAGGAUUUCGAAAUUUUGAAAAAGAUUUAAGAAAACUUCAAACGUUUGUUGAAAUCAAUCAAACUGGAUUCCGAAAGAUAUUAAAAAAAUGGGAUAAAAGAUCUAAAUCUACUACCAAAGAACUUUAUUUAGCUCGUCAAGUUGAAGUUCAACCGGUUUUCAAUCGGGAGUGUAUUGCGGAAUUAAAUGAUGUAGCAGCUGCUAAUGUUCUAGAGCUUGAAGAGCUAUUGAUUGAUUCUGAUGAUCACGACUCGCGGCAUUGGUCGAGCAAUCCUAGCGCUGAUGGAAUCCCAAGUGAUCGGAUCAUUCCGUUGAUUUCAAAUCAUGAAACAGAUGUCGAAAUGGAUGUGAUCGAGUUUGAGGAAUUUGAGACUAGUCUUACUAAAGCUGUCCAAGAUAAUAAUCGCGAUCAAGUUCAAGAGCUCCUUCGAAAUCUUCAUGUACCUUCAUCACCAGUUGAUCAAUCUGCACCUAUUCGCAAUCGGAUCAGUCGUAUACUUUGGAAAGCGGCACUGCAUGAAGAAGAUUCUCCUUCCGAUGCUACAUGUCCCGCAGGAAAAGCCAACAGGAUGUCAAUCUUGACGCCUUCCUCCGCAAUGAUGGAUCAAGAACUCAUUCCAUCUUCCAGGCUUGACUUUUCUAUCAAUCGAACAGGCCAAUCUGCUCCACAGGACGGGUAUAAGUCGGGUAGUAGUUUCAUGACAGGGGCAUCCUCCGAGCUUCAAGGCAACGAUCUUGAUGUUGAUCUGAUACCAGAUUUGUCAUUACCUCCACCGAUCAUGCCAUUCCGGAUUUAUGGUCACAACUACUUGGACAAGAAGGCACUCAUCCAAUUAUCUCUUGGUCAUCCCAAUACGUCACGUAACCUUCGUCCUGUUGUUCAACUCUACGGCCAGCCCGAGCUUACUUCACUGAAAUUAGUGAUUAGUAAUCGAGCUGACCCAUCUUCAGCUGUUCAUAGCACGAUCUUACCACUUGAUUAUGAACAUGAAUCGUUUGCAUUUCAUACUGAUGCUCUUGAUCAAUUUGCUCUCGAGUUUGAUUUGUUUCCUACUUUUGGAACACGGAUCAUGGGUAAGGCAGCAGCCCUUCCGUCUACGUUCAGGGAUUCAUGGAACCAUAAAUCAUAUGUGUUACCACUCUUGGACAAACAUCUCAAAGUGAUUGGCGAGGUAGCCUUUGAGUUGAAUGUGAUCAGCCCUUUCCAAGGCGUUCAACUUUCGCUUGGUGGACGAGUCGAAACUUAUUGGAAAGCUACAUCUAAUGUAUCAGGUGUUGGAACAGGGACAGCAGGAGUCAACCCCUCUUCUAUCGAAUCUCCAGUCACUUCGCCAGCCGGUACCCCUUCGACGCCUCAUCCUACCACUGCCUUUGUUACAUCUUCAUCACUAUCGGGUGAAUAUGUUCGUGUAAUAGUCCAAGUCACUCGCGAUGGUGUACCAGUGGUUUAUCCUAAAGCUACUUUAUCACUGGGAGGUUUAGAUGUUCAAAUUUGUGCUUUGACGAGUGAACAAUUCAAUACGUUAGCUAUCCAACUCAAAUGUACUCUUGAUGAUAUCAUACCAGAUGUACAGGAAGAUUUGACUGCUGCAAGAUGGCAUACACUUAUUGGACAAUCAAUGGCGUGUUUAAAGGACGUCUUGAUUCGUAUGCCAGCAAGAUUUGGACUUAACCUUGAGAUCGAAAGUGGAAAGAUUGGUAACCGAGGUGGUAUGAUUGGAGCUACAAUAGGUUAUUGUAAUGGUUUAGAUCUCGAUACACUUGUGGACGCUGUACUAAAGACGAUUUAUGAAGCUGCUGAAACGAAUGAUCGAACUGGUUCAACAAAGUUAAGGAGAAGAUUAGUCCUUUCUUCAUUGGAUCCAUCUGUAUGUACAGCCUUGAAUUGGAAACAACCUAAUUAUGCCGUCUUCUUUGCUUCAUUUUGUGGAGUAGCUGGUUUGAGCUCUGAUGGACAAUCAUUAUUAGCUACUAAUAGAGAACUAGAUGAUCGAAGAUGUUCAAGUAUGAUAGAAGCCACCAGAUUUGCCAAAGCCAAUAAUUUACUAGGUGUUAUGUUUGAUGCUACUUUACUUUUACGAGUUCCUUCGGUUGUUCAAGGAACUAAAGAACUUGGACUUUUACUUACUACUUUUGGACAUGAAAGUGUGAUGGGAGCUGAUGGACAUUUAUCUGAUGAAGGUGUUUUAAAAUAUACUAUGAAUGAUAGUUUUGAAAGUGUGGGUUAA